AUGUCUUCUGGUUUCGGUUUAAGAGGCGGGCAAUCCCGUUGUUUUGGGGAAUUCCAACGUUACAUGGAAUGUUACACCAGUGCGAAAACUCAAUCCCCUGCGGCUUGUACCGGGAAAGUUGACGAUUAUUUCGAAUGCCUUCAUCACAGAAAAGAAAGAUUGAGAGUCCAACUCAUCAAGCAAGAAUUGCUCAACCAUAAGAAUUCAUCUAAGGAUGAUGGAUCAUUGAAGUCCGUGGUCGACAUGAAGAGUUCGCUUCCAGAAGUUUUGGGGCUUGUCCAAUAA